CGAUGCGCGUCACGUCGCUUCAAUAUUUUCAACAAUUUUCAACGAUGGCGGCCAUAAACAAGGCAAAACCAAUAGUUAAAUAUAUUCUGGGGACGUGCAUGCCCUCGGCGAAGAGCAAUGCAGCGAGAAUAAAGAUCCGACGAUUUGAACUCGAUCAGAAUCUCCUCAUGUAUUGGAAUGAAUUCUCCUUCGUCUUUGCUCACGAUCCAAACAAACUCUGUAAAACCGGAGAUACUGUUUUGAUCCAGGAAUUGCCUCAGAAGAUGACUCGCCUUAUCACUCACGAGGUUGUUGAGAUUAUCUACCCCAUGGGCGAUAUCACUGAUCCUGUGACUGGUAAAAAAGUUGUAGUCAGUAAAUACAGGGAAGAAAUAAAAGAAACGAACGAGCUUUAUGGAGAGGCCGAGAGUGCCUUCAACUACGAGGAAAGGCCCCCACGAGGUACCCUAGAGGAUAAACUCGAUUUUUCCCACAAACCGAGUUACGUAAAAUAUCACGAGGACGGCACACCUCAGCCCUAUUCAAUCUAAUGUACUCAUAAUUAUCGAAUAAAAUCCUUAUCUCGUUAAAAAAA